CGCUCGCAUGGCAUUACAGAAACGGUUGGAGGUGCAUUAUGAGUCACCUUGUCUUGUGUGUCAUACCAAGACGGUAGGGAAUUCUCCCCUGAACUACAGAACAAGCUCAAGUACACGCCGGUGACGGCCAAAAGGUUCAGUAUGUCCCAGCCUGUACGCCUAGGUACAACCAAAAAAGCACUGUCCUUGGACAGUGGUUUGAGAACGGGAGUAGUUGGUAAACAACAACAUCAGCAGGCUCAGCCGCCGAGUCAUCAGGGUGCUAUAAACGCCGCACCUGAUAGAACUCUGUCCGUGGACAGUACACGCAAUAAAAAUCUCCCGGGUGAUAACGCAGAGAAGCUUUAUAGCACUUGUCACAUUGUACCUGAACCUUUUACAAUCAGUGAAGAAGAGAUGCCAGUAGCACUCACUCCUUCACCGGACUCGGGUAGCAACAAUAAUGCCACAACAUCAUCUUGUACAACCUCAUUUUCAAACACAUCAGUUGUGAAUCUGGAGGAGAGUGAUGAUAGCAUCAUGGAUGGUAGCACCUUAGAUCCCAGCAAAGUGAAGAUGCGCACAUCCUUGGAGAUAAGCCCCAGAGAUAGACGGAGCAAGAUGCUGGAUCUCCACCCAGUCAUCGUGACGGGUGGUAGGGAUGUGAUCGAUGGAAAUGCCAAAGCUUUCUUUAAGAUGAAGUAUUACGGGAAUGUGCAAUUGGAUCGACGUAUCACUCAGCCGAUGCUGCCAUGGUUUCUGGCCGAUAAGCUGCGCCGAGCGAGGAGAGAUGUCCAAAACAUCUUCCUGCAGGUGUCGUCGAGGGGAGUACUGGGCAUUUCGGAGAGUAAAGGCUCGAUCGUCUUUGAGCAUUUUCCGCAGAACAUUACACGUUUCUCGCGGGGCCACAACAAGAAAUGUUUUGCGUAUCUGUGGAGAUCCGAGAGUGAUUCUAACUUCACAUGUUUUGUCUUUGAAACAUCUGAUCCAGAUGUGGUGCAUCAGGUUGCUGUAAACGUACGCGAUGCAUCCAAGGAAGCCAUGAAGUACAAUCUCGUCAGUGAGGAAGAGAAAGCUGGAGUUGAGGCCAUUGAGAACAUACGCAUCAACAAUGCAACCAUGUUUGAGGUACUGUACUGCGGACGGGUCACCGUCUCGCACAAGCGCGCCCCGCCCACCCUCAUCGACGACACCAUCGAGAAAUUCAAUGUACACGAAAUCGAAACCAAAAAGAAGAAAUUGGCCGUGACGCGUAAACGUCAUUUCUCAAGCGGAGAUCAGAAUGGAAUAAUAUCGCCGAGCAGUGAUGAUGCGUCUAUGGCGACAGCCUCGGUAGACACCGACAGACUGAGUAUGGAGGACACUGCAUCAUCAGUCAGCUCUGAGUCUAUUACCUCGUCCCCUCUCAAUCCAGAUGCUGAUGGGGACAGCAUUGGUAGCCGCUCCAGCCAGAAAGACAUGGCCAAUGUCCUGUUGUCGCCAGUCACUAGGGACAGAGUAAGUUCGGCCGGGGCUGGAAUGCUGAAACAUCUGGACGGAGGAUAUGGAGAUACUUUAUCCUCGGCUUCGUCAACGACCUCCACGACUUCAGCAGAGACUAAAGUGCUAACAAGUGGACAUAAUCGCACAAUGCUCUUCCAGAUUGGCAAGACAAUGCUGACUCUUAUUAGCCCAGACAAGAAAUCCUUCAUGCUCACCAAGAAGUUCAAUGACAUCUCCUUUUGCUCACAGGGCAUUAAAGAGCCGGAGUUCUUUGGCUUCAUCUGCAGAGAGAAGUCCACCGUUUCCAGCUACAUGUGUUAUGUCUUCAAGUGCCAGUCAGAGCCUGUGGUUGAUAGCAUUAUGACCACCCUACGGCAGUCCUUCAACGUCGCGCUGCAGAAAAGUAAACUCCACGUGAUCUGCGGAACGUGCCCAAUGCACCAACUGCACAAGCUCUGUCAGACUUUGGAAGGUCAAUCUCCUGAGAAGGGACACAGUAUUUUGCUGAAGCAGCUGGAAACGCUGAGUGAGUCAGAACGCAGCUCUGUCGUCACAAAAACAAAGAUUCAAUCUGUGUACAGAAUCGAAGCCAGAGCUACGAGUGCCCAAGAGGCUAAUGAAAUCAUCAUGAGCCAUCUGAUCAGCAUCUGUGAGCAGCAGCAGAAUGCACACACUCACAACAGCGACACGGAGGUUGGUGGUGGAGGAGACAGCACCAAUGCAAGUCCUACGCAGGAACGGAAAGUGCUCACUAAAGGAGCAUCGACAGAAAGUGGAGAGGGGAAAGUCGGGGCUUUCAAGAAGGCCAAGAAGUCACUGGCGACUUCCUUUGAGAACCUGUUGUCGAGAAACAAAAAGAAAAAUUCCAUUGAAGAUCAGACGAGUUUCCCCAAUACUGGUUACAGGAGUAGACAAGGCACCCAAGAAUCCAUUAACAGUGUUGAGUCGCCUCAUGAAUCUCCACGAGACUCCCCAGUUUCCACAGCCCUACACACACCCCCUGUUCAAAUCGUCACACCCACAACGACACACAAAUACAGCAUGGACGACAUCCCCACCCCGCCCGACAGUAAAGAUCGGCCCCGCCGACCGAGCCCCAUCAUGUGCAAACAGGACAGCCUACCGGAGUUCAUGGUAUCCCCCAUGACACGCCCUCGCAGUAAAACCCUUGGUGACACGCCUUCACCAUCGCCCAAGACCCCGCCCCCUGAAAGCAGCUUUCAAUAUCCGCAGACGGCCAAGACAGCCCUUCAAGCAGUGCAGAAGCCAACCCCAUUGCGCAAGGUGCCGCUGUCAAGAACGAAUAGCGCAUUCUAUGAUGACAGACCACAUACCCUGACACUAAGCCCUUACAGUCCCUACCCAGGAGCAUCCACUGCUCGUAGGAUGUCAUGGAGACAACAGAUCUUCAACCGUGUGGUCACGCCAAUCAGCGAAUCAAAACAUGGACAAGUGUCGGAUAUUAAUGAGGAAGCGGAGGAAGACGUGUUUGAAACUGAGGGGUUGCCAUCUAUCCGAGGGUUGGAGAGGCAGGACAGUUUACCAAGACCAAAGAGGUUCAGCUCAAGACAACAGAUCAGUGAUUUAUGGAAGAAGGCCAUCAGAGAGCAGAUCCUAUUGAUCCGUAUGGACAAGGAGAACAGAAACUUACAAGCUCGGCAAGACGCUGCUCAUGAGAAACGCAUCAAGCUAGACUAUGAGGAGAUCACACCAUGUCUGAAGGAAGUGACGAUAACAUGGGAGAAGAUCUUAAGUAGACCUAACAGGAGUAACGUCCGACUGAGUGGAGAUGAAAUGACUGAUACCUUCAGACAAGGUAUACCAAAGACUAGGAGGGGAGAGAUAUGGCAGUUGAUCUGUGAGCAGCAGAAGCUGAUCGGUUGUGUCGUCAGUGCUAAGAUACCUGAGCACGAACCCUAUAAGGAGCUACUCAAACAGUUAACCAUUCACCAACAUGCCAUACUCAUUGAUCUAGGUCGAACGUUUCCAACUCAUCCGUAUUUUGCCAAUCCACUCGGCCGGGGACAGCUCUCACUUUUCAACCUGCUGAAAGCGUAUUCCCUAUUGGACACUGAUGUUGGUUACUGCCAGGGGCUGAGCUUUGUUGCCGGGGUGCUGCUGAUGCACAUGGAUGAGGAACAGUCGUUUGAGAUGCUAGUUUAUCUGAUGUUCUCACUGGGCUUCCGUAGACAGUACAAGCCAGACAUGAUUGCACUUCAGAUCCAGAUGUACCAGCUGUCUCGUCUGCUCCAUGACUUCCACAAGCGUCUGUAUGACCAUCUGGAGCAGAAUGAGAUCGGUCCGUCCCUCUACGCCGCUCCGUGGUUCCUCACUCUCUUUGCCUCUCAGUUUCCCCUCGGGUUCGUCGCAAAGGUGUUUGAUCUGAUCUUCCUGCAGGGGUUUGAGGUGAUCUUCAAGGUGGCUUUGAUCGUACUAGGUAGCCAUGAGGAGCUGCUAUUACACUGUGAUGGCUUCGAGGCCAUCAUUGAAUUCUUAAAGGACACACUGCCGAUGCUGGGGAUAAUCCAGAUGGAGAAUGUCAUCAAUAAGGCCUACCAAUUGGAUAUUUCCAAGCAAUUACACGCCUACGAGGUGGAGUACCACGUUCUUCAAGAGGAGAUGGCGCCCUCGCCUGUCCACCAGCGCUCCAGGGCGGUGACAGACAUACAGAAGCUGGAGGGAGCCAAUCGUAACUUGCGUCGUCAUAACAAUGAGCUGUUGGAGCAGCUCCAGGGAGCCCACACAUCCAUUCACAGUCAAGAGGCCAUGAUCCACAACCUGAGGAAAAAUGAAGACAAACACAAAUCUGAGAUCCGCUCUCUCAACCUAGAGAGAGCGGCUCUGCUGAACACUGUCGCCAAACUCCGCAGCCUCCUCCCAAAAGACAUCCUCCUGGAGGAUGCCGGCAUCAACUUUACCACCACCUCUAUCCUGUCAGAGAGCUCCUUCGAUGAAAAGGACUCCUCGCCGGACCAGAAGGCCGACAGCGGGACGGGAAAUCUUUCCGGCUCCCAGACCUGCUCCCUGGACGAGCUCGACACGGAGGUAGCCUCCAUCAACAAGAAGAAGAAGAAGUGGGGUCGUAACCAUAGCAACGGGAGCUCCGGGAGUGAGAUCAGCACGAGUGGGAGUAGCGAGAUAGAUAUGCCGACCGAUAACCUAUCAUGAUGGGUCUCUCUCUUUUUGUGAGUUUUGCCGAUACAGUCCGUUGAGUACUGCACGUUAGCAUUUAUAUCUAGCGGCAUGACAUUGUUUAUAGCUAGACGCUUGGUAUUUAAAGAUCUAUUUAAUGCAACAUGCCUGGGGGCUUCUUGCACUUUAGCUCAAGAUGUGACAUCCGUGGUCUUGAGCUGUUUUCCGUUCUUAUUUCAAGAAAUGUUGUUUUAUCAUCGGUGUACUUCUCAUACGGACUUCUGAAGAAGUUUGAAGAAUUUGAUACUUUAGAGUGUUUGUCGAAUAUCUCUCCCUCAAAUCUACAUUUGUUUGUGAACCAGCCUUGUAGUAAAUGUGUUGCUGAGGUAUAUUCCAGUUUACUACUAAAAGAAAUUAAAGGCUCUUUGAGAGAACAACAUUUCCAGAAAAGAAAACAAAAUCGAAACAGUCAAAUACCUAGGCUUUGGACCAAACUAUAUGUAACAAUGCAACAUUAUAUUGUACAUAACAGAUAACAGUUUAGUGUCAUGAAAGAUGGAGAAAUAAAUUUGGAUAAACCUUUACUUCACCGAUCCAUCCAAACUCAUAAUAUGUGUGAUUAGGCAAUUGGAAGUUCCAAUGCUUGGUUUUUUAACAGGCGUGGUGUAGCAAGAGGGGUAUCUGGUUGUCUUCUGGGCCCAAUUUCACAGUAAGCAUGUAAGCACCAAAACUUGCUAAGCACAGAAUAGUAUUGCCUAGCAGAAACAGGUUACCAUCUAAAUUUACCUGAAGUUUGCAUUUUUGUGGCUGGUGCCCCAAGAAUUUUGCCAAGCAGUAAUUUUUGCUUUUACAGCUUUAUGAAAUUGGGCCCUGUACACAUUUGGCUCAUUUUUCAUGAAAGUUUUGCAGGUGAUCUAUUGAGACAGCCAUUUUGGCACCAAAUUGUGGUGAAAGUUUUGAAGGCUUUGCGCAGAAACUGAUGUGCUCAGAUUUCUCCCCGUUCAGUUUCUAGGGGAAGAAUCCAGGUACAAAUGCUAAUGGAGUUUGGCUGAAACCAAUCACUGGCAUUCAUUUGCAUGUACUAGAUCCAAGAAGCUGAAAGGGACAGCAUUGUGUGUGUGGAAGUACCAUGAAUAGAAGUCAGUUUGUUUUGCCAAAAAUGUAAAAAAAAUCAUUAAUGUUCCUUAAACAUUGAAAAUGCAAACGAGUAUUACUGAAUUUGUUGCAGUUAUUGGGCUGCAUACAAUAAUAUUAGGAUAAUUAAGAUUGACUUAUUUACUCAAACACAUAACCAUAUAGCCAUAAUGUCAGUCUGUACGGAUUUUAUUUUUGAAUUUUAUCUCUGUUCAAGGAAAGAUUUCAAGUUGUUCAUUUGAUCUUAUUAGGUUCAUUCUGUUUCUUAUAAGAAGCUGGAUAUUAUUUUAAAACUUAAUCUCUGUUCAAGAAAAGAUUUCAAACUGUUCAUUUGAUAGGUUCAUUCUGUUUCUUAUAAGAAGCUAUUUUCAGUACUUGUUGAAAAUUAAACCCGUAUCUUAUAAUGUCCUUUCUUCCUUUUUCUCUGAGAUGUUUACAUUGAUAAUUUUUUCCCUUUAAUAAUGCCCAGAGAAAGUAGUAUAAUAAAUGUAUAUUACAGAUAAAUGUGGAUACUACUUCAAUUGAUGAUGUAAAAACAGUCUUUGUAUAAAUUGUCACCAUUGUACAUACGUUAAUCAGUUCAGUGCUUGCCAAAUCUUUUGUACUCGCCGAAUGUUGCAGCAAUACACUGUCAAAGAAUGUACACCAACAAUGCAUUAACAUUAAACUACUUUAAAUCUUGUUAGGGAUAUAUACUGUUCCUGCAGGUAGAUGUUGAUAGGACCAAAAGAAUUGGUUUAAUAUCGGAAUCUUCCCCAAAGGAAUCGUGAUCUGGUUUGUUGUCUGGCCAUGCAGCCUUGAACAAUCCUGAACAAACAAUCCACAAUCAAUGAAACAAACCCUUUUCACACUACUCUGUUCCCUGGGGUGGGGGGGGGGGUAACCCAGGGGAAUAACGACCUGGCCCUUCCUUAUUUGGAUCCCUUUACCCCUGAUCUACCCUGGGAAAAAGCUAACCCUGCACUGGAGUAGGGGUAAGCAGUAAAACUCUGGGGUAUUCUUGAAACGUGCAACCAAAACCCUGUGGACAGGUAUUUUAGCUUCAUGGAAUUGGACCUUGCAAUGGUUGUUUCUAAAAAGGGUCCCCUCAUUACACCACAGUAUUACAUGGUAGAUGCAAGAGAUUUUAUUCAAGUGAAAUAAAAUCUUCUCUGAAAUUUAUUUUGGCAAUCUUCAAUUUCAAUUUUAUAGAUAACUUAAGGUAAUGAAGUGUUGCUUGCUUGCAUUGUCAAACACAAGUUGUCUCCAAAUGUGUUAGUUUUAUUAAACAAGUGAAGAGAGGUCUAAAACAUUUUAGUAAUAAUCUUUACUUAAUUUAGACUAAGCCCAAUGAUGUAACCAUAACAAAUUAUGAAACUUAAAAAGUUACAUUUAUUUUAGUGUCUGAAGUAUAGGACUAUUAUUAGUUUGAUGGGUAAAGUUGUUAUGCCAAAAAGCCUUUUCCCCCGUAAGUAUAUUACUCUCAUUUAGUUGUGUAAAAUUGUCAGUCUUGGUUAACUUUAUGGUGUUGUUUUGCCGACACAUACAAACAUUGCGGCCUCAGUUCUUAAUAUGUUCUUGAAAUGAUGAUGUAGUCUUUUUUCCAGAGGGUAUUUUGUUUGACUGAGCUUCUCUUUUUGGUUUUUUAUUUUAAGCAGUCAUUUCUGAUUGUGCCAAGUGCUGAUGAAUAACCACCAUGGAAUGAGUCAUGUAAUGUCAAAAGAACCUGAUAGUAACAGCUGGAAUCAAGACUAAUAUAGGUAUCCAUAAUGAAAUAGUUGGGACAGAGUAAUCCGAGUUAAACAAGAAUAUUAAUACUAAUGAUUUUGGAGCGAUGAAUACAUUCAAACUGGUUAUUUUCAAAGAACAUAGAAAUAACCUGAAAAUGCACUUGGUUGUCACCAAUUGACAAAAUAUACCCUCCCUUCAUAUAUUUCCAUAUCCUGGUCUUGACACUUGUGCCCUUAAGCAAGAUACUUAAAGACACUGGACACUAUUGGUAGUUGUCAAGGACCAG